AUGCCCCAGAAGCCAGAAGAGAAGACAUACGAGCAAAUAAUAGAAAUACUACACGAGCACUUCGACCCAACACCUAACGAAAUUUUGGAAAAUUUUCGUUUUAACAUGCGCAAGCAAAAAGCAGGCGAAACGUGUACGGAGUUUGCAGUGACAUUGCGACGAUUGGCGGUAAAUUGUAAUUUUGGUACGCACCUGGAAAAAGCUUUACGAAAUCAGUUCGUAUUUGGUUUGCUAGAUAAGAACAUUCAAAGUAAUUUAUUGAAAAAGAAGUCAUUGGGCCUUACUGAGGCCAUAAGUAUGGCUACGGCAUAUGAAUUGGCAGAAAAAGGAGGUGAAGAGUUACAAGGGGGGAACGACAAGGAGAGCGUGAAUAAAGUUUUGGGAAAGAAAAAGUCAGAGAAGAGAGAGAAAAACGAGAAGCCGAAAGAAGAUAUAAAAAAAUGUUUUCGGUGUGGCAAUAACGCGCACCUUGCAGACAAAUGCAAAUACAAAGAUUUCACCUGUCACUUUUGCAAUAAAAAAGGGCAUCUUAAGAAAAUGUGCUUUAAACAGAAAACGCAAAAGAAACGUGUGAACCAAAUAAGCGAAGACAAAACCACAUUGGUCGAAGAAUUGUUCAAAGUGGAAAUAUAUGGCGAAGUGCACAACAUAGGUAGAAAGAUCGAAUGUAAACUGUCAGUGAAUAAUGUGCAAAUUUCGUUUGAGGUGGACACAGGGUCCCCUGUUUCGAUAAUCAACUUGGAAGAUGCCAAAAGAAACUUCGCAAAAUCGCAAUUAAAAGAAGCUAAAAUACAGCUUGUGAGUUAUUGUGGCACACCUUUGGAAUGUUUAGGUUACAUUUGGGUACGCGUUGCGGACAAGUUGAGUGAUAAAAUGCUAAAAUUGUAUAUCGUGAGAUCAGAUCGUAGACCACUUCUGGGCCGGGAAUGGCUGCGUGAAAUAAAAGUCGACUGGAACGAUAUACUGAGCAGUGAAACGUACACCGCGUCGCGUAUUAACCAAAUUGAAGAUAGUAGCAAAACGUGCAAAAUAGAAAACUUGCUUAAAAGAUAUCCCAAUUUGUUUUCCAAAACUACGGGGAAAAUUCGCGAUUUACAGGCUCGACUGUACGUAAAACCAAAUACAACAACGAAAUUCGUUAAACACAGACGAGUGCCUUUUCCUUUAUUGGAAGCCGUAGAGCGUCAACUAGACGAACAAGUUGCGGAGGGACUUCUUAAGAAGGUGGAAACAAGUGAGUGGGCCACACCGAUCGUUGUAGUACGCAAGAAAGGUGGCAAUAUACGAAUAUGCGGCGACUAUAAGGUAACCCUUAAUCCAGUAUUACUAGUCGACGAGCAUCCUUUGCCAACAGUGGAUGAACUUUUUAGCAAGAUGGCUGGAGGGCAAAAGUUUUCAAAAAUUGACUUGUCCACAGCAUAUUUGCAAUUAGAAAUCCACCCGGAAGACCGACAUUUACUCACACUAAGCACGCAUAAGGGGUUAUACGAACCCACUCGAAUGAUGUACGGAAUCGCAAGCGCUCCGGCAAAAUGGCAACGUGUAAUGGAACAAUUACUAAGCGGUAUCCCCGGGGUGUCAGUAUUUUUAGACGAUAUUAAGAUCACGGCAUCAGACGAUGGUAUGCACCUACGACGCGUUGAAGAAGUCCUCAGCAGACUCGAUCGGUGCAACAUGCGGGUGAAUCUCGAAAAAUCUGAAUUCUUCAAAGAUAGCAUAGAAUACUGUGGCUACAUUAUCAGCAAAGAGGGCAUUCGGCGAAUGAAAAGUAAGAUCCAGGCGAUCCAAGACAUGAAAGUGCCUACUAAUCGAGAGGAGGUUAGAGCCUUUAUGGGCCUCGUGAAUUAUUACGGCAGAUUUGUGCGAAAUCUAAGUGACAUAGUAUACCCUAUUAAUCGGCUACUGCAAAACAGCGUAGAGUUCAUUUUCGAUAACAAAUGUAUGAAGGCAUUCGAAGAAAUUAAAAAACAUAUGCAAUCGGACAUCAUACUCACACAUUAUGAUCCGAAGUUACCAGUCACCUUGGCCGUUGAUGCCAGCCCAAUUGGAGUCGGCGCAGUAUUGAGUCACACGUAUGGCGAUGGUUCGGAAAGGCCGAUACAAUUCGCUUCACAAACGCUGAACAAAGUACAACAGCGCUAUUCACAACUGGACAAAGAAGCCUAUGCAAUCAUAUUUGGGAUACGUAAGUUUUACCAAUACCUGUACGGCAGAAAGUUCACUCUCGUUACAGAUAAUCGGGCAAUUUCGCAAAUAUUUUCACCAAGUAAGGGGAUACCAACCCACUCAGCAACUCGUAUGCAACAUUAUGCAUUAUUCCUUGAACAGUACGAUUACGUUAUCAAAUGCAAGCGUUCGAAAGACAACGCUAAUGCAGAUGCGCUGUCAAGGCUGCCAACCAUAGAGGAACACAAAUGCACAGAGGAGGUGUACAUGGUGGAAGAAGAAUUGUUGGAUAAUUUACCAAUAACCGUCACCGAUCUCCAACGAGAAACAAAGGCGGAUAAAUCGAUUAAAUCCUUGCUAGAAGGUUUGAGAUACGGCCGAAUCUGCGAACCAAAAGACCGUUUUGACAUUGACCAACAUGAGUUCACACUACACAAUGGUUGUAUCUUGCGGGGAAUACGUGCGUAUAUCCCUAGGAGUCUUAGGCAAAGAGUACUGGACGAAUUGCAUACAGCACACUUCGGCAUAGUUCGAAUGAAAAGUCUAGCCAGAGCUUAUGUUUGGUGGAACCAAUUAGACAAAGACAUUGAAGAGCUAGUACAGAAAUGUGUACCGUGUCAAACUACAAGACCCAAUCCAAAAAAGGAGCCACCAGGCCACACUUGGAAAACGCCUACUAAAGCGUUUGAACGGGUCCAUAUAGAUUAUGCCGGCCCGAUAAUGGGCAAAUAUUUGUUCGUACUUAUCGAUGCCUACAGCAAGUGGCCUGAAGUACACGUAACGCCUAAUAUGAAUACAGAAACCACCAUUGAAAAAUGUCGGGAAAUAUUUUCGCAAUUUGGUAUCCCGAACAUUAUUGUGAGUGAUCAUGGGCGGCAAUUUAAUUCGAGUGAGUUCCAACAUUUUUUGAAGUGCAACGGCAUUGCCCACAAACAAGGUGCGCCAUACCAUCCAGCUACAAACGGCCAAGCUGAACGUUAUGUACAAACCAUCAAACACAAAUUAAUUGCAGCAAAAUGCACAGCAGACUCAUUGAAAGCGGAAUUAUCAAAAAUUUUAUUAGCAUACAGGCGUACCAUUCACCCAGCAACAAACAAGUCACCGUCGAUGCUUAUGCUAGGCAGGCAGAUUCAAUCCAGAUUGGACUUACUUCUGCCGCAGAAUAACCAAACAAACAACAAUCAAGCAAUGAAGCCAACGCAAAAACGAAUGAUGAGCGGUGAUCGAGUAGCAGUACGCGAUUAUCUCUCAAAGAGGAAGUGGCGAUUCGGAGUGGUCGAAUCGUGUAAAGGCGAUUUACACUACAACGUGAGACUCGAUGACGGUCGCAUAUGGACAAGGCAUGCCGAUCAAGUGAGGAGAUCGGGAGUAGUAGCCCACAGUGAGCAAGCAACAACAGCAAACGGAGAACAGGUAACUAACAACACAGAGACGCCGGAGACAAACACACCACGCGAAAAUCCGCCAGCGUUUUCAAGGCAAUCAAUCAACGCAUUACCUAUUCCGAAACCCACAGUGACGGCUGAGCCUGAAGGGAUGGUUACAAAAGCCGCAAAUCCAAAUGUGACCGAAGUUAAGCAGACACCAGCAACUGAAACGACACAACAACAACAACCACUGCGACGUUCGCAGCGACAACGCAAAAUGCCAACCCGCCUACUACAAUAA